ACGGCGCGACACGGGGAAACUCCGCUGCGCACGCGAUAGGGUAGGGGCCGCCGACGACCGAUUGCUACGUACGUCACGCGAUAGGGUGGGGCUCGUUUAGGCCGAUUGCUACGUAGCUACGUAGCUAGCUAACGAGAUGGCCGCUAUCAGAAGAAAUCAAUUGUGUCUGUGUGUUGCAGCAUUAUCCGCUGCGAGUUUGCUCAGCAUUGUAGGAAUCAUUUUCAGUGGUAGAUUAGGCAACCCGACGAAAGAGCUCAGUGAGGGUUCCACCCCUAAAUUAUUCGUCGACAGACUCAAAUUUACGAAGCAUCACCAGCCAAGGGCGCUGGAAACUAGGAGAAGUCAGGCAAUUCGCUCUUUCAUGUCUACAUCUGUUGGCUUUCAUAUGCCACUUGACCCAAACACCACUACAAUAGAAGUGAAUGCAAGCCGUCUUGUGCCGACAGGUUCGCCCCCCGCAACCAAUGAAACAACUCCAAAGACAUCUUCCCAAUGCAAGCUACAGAACUGCAUGGAUAAUAAAGACAAGCUGCAUACGCCUGUAGAUUUUCAAACACCAAUUCACCCCAGGAGCAAUACUACAACGGUAAAUGCAAGUCGUCUGGUGCCAACAGGCUCACCCCCUCCAACAAAGAGUUCAAAGACAUCUCCUCAAUGCAAGCAACAGAAUUGCCUGGAUUUUCUCUCAACUAGAGACAAGCAGGAACAUUCAAAAUGCUUGAGUGAAACUAGGAAGUAUUUCAAAAAGGACACAGACAUAAAGCCAAGCUCUUGUAACUUUCUUCCAGACAGAUCUCGCAGGGCUGUGGCCCUAGCCAGCCCAGAGGGCUCAGGUAAUACAUGGCUCAGGGUACUUCUGGAGAAGGCCACAGGUGUGUGCACUGGAUUCUGCUGCUGUGACCCAGAACUCAGGGUCCUGGGGUUUCCCGGAGAAAGAAUCACCAGCGGAAGUGUGCUGGUGGUAAAGACUCACAUCGUCCUUCCCCAGUGGGUCGGAGCCAAAAAGGCGCUGCAAUGGGAAGGCUCCUAUGGCUCUGCCGUGUUCUUGGUCCGUAAUCCAGCAAGAGCGCUGAUUGCAGAGUGGAACCGCAGGGCCACCAACAAUUUAAAAAGGGAAAGGAACAAAAGGCCCCAUGGGAGCUCCAAUAGAGCUCGUCUUGACUCCCAUACAUAUGCUGUUUCUGAGGAGGAGUUCAGAAGUGAUGAGUGGAGAGGUUUUGCAGAAGAAUACUUGAUACAAUGGUUCAUGCGGUUGAAUCAGUGGGUGUUUAUGAAUGACAACCACCCAGUGCAUGUGGUGAGCUACGAAGACCUACAAAACGACACCGUCAGAGAAGUGGAGAAGAUCCUGGACUUUCUCCACUUCCCCUACAGCCACGAGGACCUGAUCCAGAGACUGAGAGUCAACUUCACCACCUUCCAGAGGCCUCACAUGAACGAUGGGUUCCAGCAUUUCUCUCCAGAGCAAAAGGAGCGACUGAGGCUAACAUUGAAAACUACGAUAAGUACUGCCAAGAAAUCAGGAAAAGAGCACCUAUUCCAUUUCAACGAAUACUUAGAGUCGUUACAUAAUAUCACAUAGCAUAAUGAA